GAAGUGUAAUAUUCAGGAAGGAAGAGAUGCAUACAGACAGAGCUGCUUUACCUCAUGCGUCUAAAGGUCCGCUGACUCCCUUCAAGAUGCUUGUGGGAUUUGUCCUUGUUCUCUUCUCCCUGGGAUAUGCAAGCUGCUCUUUCCCCAAGGUGAGCUGUACAAUCAUGAACUUGAAAUAUAUUGACUGUAUCUGGAAUGAAAAUGGGAUCCCAGAGUUCAACUAUACUUUCUACAGUAAGUGGCAGAAGAAAGAAAUGUCAAAUUGUACCACUUACCUACAAGAGGGGGAGCACACCGUGGGAUGCAGGCUAAAUUAUACCAAAGGCGAAAAGUUUGAAAAACUCUCCACCUACCUGUCUUUUGACAACCGUUCCUCCGAGACUCUGCAUGACCUUCAAAAUAGAGUAAAACUGAUGCCCCCCCACAACCUGUCAGUAAAGAUGCAAGGCAGCUCUGAGCUGCGGCUGGACUGGAAUAUUAGUGCAGAAAACAAAUGUAUGGAGAGUGAGGUAUCCUACAGGAAGGACAUUGACACAAAGGACACAAUGACCGGUGCAUUACCUAGCAUGUUUUUCAUCCUACCCUUCCCAUCGAAGGUUAAUCGUUACACAUUCCAAGUGAGAAUCCGUGUGAAGGAUAGUUGUUUGCAGUCCAACUGGAGUGCCUGGAGCACACCUGUCUACUGGGGUCAAACAAAGCAGGUUAAUAGAACAGAAGCAUCUAAUGGAAACUGGCUGGUAUAUAUGUUACCAAUCAUGGGCUGUGUGGUGGUGGUCACAGUGGUUCUUCUUGCGUUUCAAAAUGAGAGGCUGAGGGUCAUCCUCAUUCCAAUAGUGCCAAAUCCUAGCAAGACCCUGGAUGACCUUCUCUAUACCCAUGAUGGAAAGGUGGAGGACUGGCUCCAUAUCUCAAAGGACUUUGUUGAGGGAUUCAAGCCCAACUUCUCUGAGCCUGCCUGUCCCGUACGAGAGUACAACCUUAUUCCGCAGAUGAGCAUCAAUGGUUCAAUGAGUUCUCUUCCAGUUCUGUCGGAUGAAUCAGAUUGCCUCUCCACAUCAUGCUCCACCUCAGUUUCCAGCAUAUCUUGCCCACCAGGAGAUACACCACCUGGCCUUGUCUAAAAAGCCGAAAAGAAACCCAUCCCUCUCCAUCAUCCUUAAGCAAAGAGUGUCUUUUUAUAUGCAGACAGCAGAUACUUUAGGGGUCGGCAACAUUUCCCAUGGUAAAACUUUGAUGUAGUGAUUAUUUAAUUAAUGUAAAAACAAUGAAAGCAUUUCAAAUUGAUCAAUUCAAAAGAAUAAAAACAUGAAUGCGGAUGACAUAACAAUCUAGAAGUACAAAAAACAAUGUGAUGUUAAUGUGCAAUGGUGGAUACAAACAACAAAAGUGUUAUUGGCAUGUCAAGCCUAGGCCCGCACGGAAUCCGCGGACGCAGAACGUGGAAUUCCGACGAAUUCUAAUGUUGAAAGUCAUAAACAAGUGAAAACAAUAUUAUCCCCUCUCGCAAGUUAGUAAUAGCUAGCUAGUUAGCUAUUUGCUAAUUCGUAUAAAAAGUGAAAGAAAACAAACAAUAAUGUUCAAAAGUAGAUUUACUACAGAUGAGCCAAGUGGGCUUCAUUUAUGUGCAAUGAAUACGGCAAGGACUUUUACUAGAAUGGGGGGGGGAGAGUGUACAUUGUUUUGUGCGGAACGUUAGUUUGUCAGCACUACGCAGACUACCUAAAGUGCAUGUCAAGUCACUUCCACAACAUCUUUAGGCAAGUACCACGUUACUACUAGCUUGCUAAUAUUUUGAGUGCAUUCAGAAUUUAUCAGGAAAUUGGCUGAAGACAGAUUUUCCUGCCACAACGAUAGUCUCUCUAAUCGCUAUUUCUGUCACUUAGGCUACGUUAGUAGUAAGUUAUUUAUCGGUGCUCCACCGAAAGUACGCAAAACAGUUGAUAACAUUUCCAAAUCUACAGUACCAGUAGUGCCUUAUGGCGCUCGAGCCAGCAGAGCUGGCCUUGAGAAGCUUCAGCCAAAUCUACUGGCACACGUAUGUGGGUUUUGCUCACAAAUUAGCCCGUUGCUUAACAUAUGCUCUUCUCCGAUCUCCAUGGUGCAAGGCUGAGACCGGAGCACAUAGAGAGCGAGCGAAUCUGUGACACUGAACUUCAAAGUAAAGCAACCUGAAUGGAAACGUUCUGUGCAGCUGUGUUUUGGCUUCAUAAGAGUUUAUGUUCUUAUUUUAGUUAAUCAUUUUUUGCUAUAAACCGUGAGGGGGAAGGGUAAAGAUGAUCGUUUCCUAAUACGUUUGCAUGGUGUUUGAACUCGCCGUCUCUCUCGCUCUAUCACAACCUAAUAAAUUGCUGGUGACAAUCGCUGCAUCUCACAAUCCUGGGGUGUCACACUGCAUAUGCAGAUAUUUUUUGGGUGGGUGCGUGUGUUAGCUUUUAAGCUUUCGUCGCUGACUUUUUAUUUGUUUUCCAGUACAAUCUAGGACAUCUGGCCUCUGCGUCUCCAGUCCCUAUUUCUCUCUCACUAUCAAUUUACUUUACUGGCAUGAUGUAGCUACAUAUGCAUGUAAACCAGUCAAGUAACAUUUGGUCUCAUGCGCUGGUCAGCUUGCUGACUUCCCCCUCCCGGAGCAUGCAUUGUUAGCCCCCACCUUUUGGCACACAUGCCUGUGGGGGAGAGCUAGAGAAGGAUUCCUGCAGCCCCCUUCUCUCACAUUCCUGACAGGUUAGGGUACAGGUAUACUGGAGAUGGCAUAAAGAUAUUUCAUGAUAAUUCCAGGUCAGAAUAUAGUAAUGUUUGGUGUUAUUCUGAUUGUUUCAGUGCGACUGGUGUAAUGGUCUAGUUUUUGUAACAGUCUACCAGCAAAAGCUGUCUCUGUAGAAGCCAUGUGUUUUAGCCCCCUGACCACUGCCUGGUGGGGCUGGCUGUAAAUUACAGAUGGGUGACUCACUUUUAGGGUCAAGAACUAAGGCCUGGAUUUCGGAGAUAAGGAGAAGAAACCAAGCAAUCUGGGGUUGUGUCUCCUUUCCUUUCAUUCACCCAAAUCAGGUUUAUCCAAAAGGUAUAUUACCAUGAGAGGCACAAAUACAUAUUUACAGCAUAAUGCAGUUAUCAUGAAAACUCCCAACUACAGCAUUCAUAGAUAUGAUGGGGCGACCUGUAGCGUAGUGGUUAAGGUCAGGAAGGGCUGCCAUUUGUGAGGGGCCUGAGAGCUGGGGUUUCUGGUCAAUGUUGUUUUGACUAUCUUUUGGGGAGUUUCGGGCAGUUGGGUCAUGGGAAAAGAAUCCUCCAGAACUUUGGUGACCUCCCUGUGACCCCAUACCUGGUCACUUCCAAGGGGGAAGACAAUGCCACAGUUCCAAAAUUCCAGAUCUGACCACCCCUCCAGUUGAUUUAUGGCACUGCCGCCUGGUUUCAAACGUAUGAUUUGGCAUAAAAGCAAGGGAGACAGACCAAUCUGGGAAGAUCGUAUUCGACUUCCCACACAACAUGUCCUUGGGUAUGUAUGUAUGUAUGUAUGUGUAGCAGGGGAAGACUGUAAUUGGCUUCCCAUACACGGCAUAUUCUAUACUUUUUGUUUGUGUGUAGCCAACGCAGGCUAGGUAUGAUGAUUUACUCUAUCUCUAUUCUUAAUUUGUGUAUCUGUAAUUGACUAUUGGCAUUCUAAAGCUAACAACCUACCUGUCUGUGAAUAAACUAUUUUGUUUGUAACUUG